GAAAUAAAAAGAAAAACCAAAAAAAUUCCAGUCCUAAGUAGUUCCAGUGUAACGACACUCCUCCCCCUCUUUAUUUUGGCAACGAUGGAGGGGUCCAAUAACUGUUUUUGUCACCACCACCACCAUUUAGGAAAAUAAGCGGACAUAUUAAUGAAGCCCACUUGUCUUGAGAAAACGAGACGGGCGGCAUUUUGGAAAUUAUCUCGGAUCCUCUGCAAGCACAGAAAUCCCUAUAAAUAAGGCGUUGGGUGGGUAAGAACAAAAAAAAAGAGGAGAGGGAAAAAGAAAAGAUCUGAUGGCUAGUUGCGUAGAAACAGCGCGUGGGGAUUUCACACAGGACGGCUCUGUGGAUCUAAAAGGGAACCCUGUCCGUCGAUCAGAGAGAGGAGGAUGGAAGGCUUGUGGUUUCGUUGUAGUUUACGAAGUGUUUGAGAGGAUGGCAUUCUACGGAAUAUCGUCAAACCUGGUGUUGUAUAUGACGAAGAAGCUCCAUCAGGGCACUGUCUCUUCCUCCAACAACGUCACCAACUGGGCUGGAACCGUUUGGUUGAUGCCCAUCUUGGGAGCCUACGUCGCUGAUGCUCAUCUCGGCCGUUAUUGGACUUUCUCCAUCGCCUCCUGUAUUUAUCUCUCGGGGAUGUGUCUGCUGACGCUGGCGGUAUCUCUCCCUUCACUAAAACCGCCUCCUUGUCAUCUAGACAACAUUGCCGACUGCAAGAAAGCUUCUACAUUGCAACUUGGUGUAUUCUUCUGUGGGCUAUACAUACUGGCGGUCGGGACGGGCGGGACCAAGCCCAACAUCUCGACCAUAGGCGCAGACCAGUUUGAUGAUUUUGAGCCCAAGGAGAGGGCCCACAAGCUCUCAUUCUUCAAUUGGUGGAUGUUCAGCAUAUUCUUCGGGAUACUCUUCGCGAACACAGUCCUUGUGUACAUACAGGACAAUGUGGGGUGGACACUGGGCUAUGGGCUGCCAACGCUUGGGCUUGCGAUUUCAGUGGCGAUCUUCUUAGCUGGGACACCUUUCUAUAGGCACAAGUUACCCUCUGGGAGUCCCUUUACAAGGAUGGCUAGAGUCAUUGUCGCUGCCCUUAGUAAAUGGAGGGUCCCAUUACCAAACGACCCCAAAGAACUCUAUGAGCUGGACUUGGAAGAGUAUGCAAGAAAACACAAGUUUAGGAUCGAUUCUACCCCUUCUUUGAGAUUUCUCAACAAGGCGGCUGUGAAAACUGACCUAGACUCUCCAUGGACACUCUGUCCAGUCACCCAAGUAGAAGAAACAAAACAAAUGCUACGAAUGAUUCCAAUCUUAUUGGCAACCUUUAUUCCAAGCACGAUGAUCGCUCAAGUCAAUACACUUUUCAUCAAGCAAGGUACAACGCUGAAGAGACACAUCGGUUCCAGCUUCAAGAUUCCCCCUGCCAGCUUAGUCGGCUUUGUAACACUAACCAUGCUCAUCUGUGUUGUGAUAUAUGACCGUUGCUUCGUUAAGGUCAUGAGAAAGUGGACCAAGAAUCCGAGGGGCAUCACCCUCCUCCAGAGGAUGGGAAUUGGCCUUCUCAUCCACAUUGUGAUCAUGUUGACUGCAUCUCUAACUGAAAGGCAUAGACUGCGAGUCGCUAGAGAUCACGGCGUAGUCCAAAAUGGAGGGGAAGUUCCACUCACUAUAUUCGUCUUACUCCCUCAAUUCAUGCUUAUGGGAGUCGCAGACUCUUUCCUUGAGGUGGCGAAGAUCGAAUUCUUCUAUGAUCAGGCUCCAGAGGGAAUGAAAAGCCUCGGGACCUCUUACUCCACGACGAGUCUUGGGAUUGGGAACUUCCUUAGCAGUUUCCUUCUUUCAACGGUGUCCCACAUCACUGAGAAACAUGGCCACAAAGGGUGGAUUCUGAACAAUCUCAAUGCCUCUCAUCUGGACUACUAUUACGCAUUCUUCGCUAUCUUGAACGUAUUGAAUUUCAUUUUCUUCCUAAUUGUAGUCAAGCUUUAUGUAUAUAAAGCCGAGGUGACAGAUUCGACGGAAAUGAUCGAAGGAGAAAACGGGAAGUUGGCAUUGAGCGCUAGUAACCAUGAAGUGUCAUCAAUUUAAAUCUUAUUAGUCGAU